CAAUGUUAAAUAACCUAAUAAUAUCUGAUCAACCUACUGAUUUACAGCGGAUUCAUUUAAGUGUCACGUGCUUCAAAGUUCAAUAACGUAUAUCAAUUGACUUUAUGCAUAUCAGUAUAAAUUUCAUGAGUAUCAUAUGAUACACAAACACUUCUUAUCCUACCUUUUUUCUUGGAAUUUUCGUUUGUGAUGAAAUAUGUUUUAUAAAUAUUGAAUGGCUUUUGCAAAGAUUUGAUGACUAUCGAAUUACAUCUUUCAGAUACAAUGGCAACGAGUUUGUUAAAGCUUGUUGUCUGUGUCUGCUGUUCUAUGUCAGCAAGAUGCAUAGAACAACGUCAGAGUGUCGCCUGGUCCUGUGAAGAAAAUGACUCGUUACACAACAUGAUGCUGUCAAGCGAUGGAUAUCGCUUGUUAACUGCUGGUCAAAGAUAUGUAAAUUACAUUUAUACUAAAAAUAUGGCGUUUAAAUCAAAGAAAUUGUGUAAGACACAAUAUAUGACAUAUAACAAAACGAAAACGGAAACUUGUAUUUCCGUAUGCUGUGAGGAGCUAUAUUGUUACGUGAGCUCUGAAGGCUAUAAAUGCAAAUAUUUUUCAUAUCCUUUUAUUAAAACGAACGGAGUAAAAGCAUUUGUGGCAGUGUAUGAUGAUUUUCUAUUUAUCGGAUGUCCGCAUGUAGAAGGUCAAGAAGAACUUGGGGGCAGAUGCACAAAACCUGGUUUAGCGUGGUAUUUGAACAGUGGGGAAGAGAAAAGUGUGCCAUGGUUUGGAUUUAAAUCGUUCAGAAAAACUCCAGUUUUGACAAACAAGUUCAUUGAUGCUAUGACCGUGGACAACUUUAGAUUAUUUUUCAGUAGUCAAACAGUGAAAGCAACAGGAAGGAGGAGAAGUCGGAUAGCUCAAGUGUGCAAACAUUACAUUCAAGGAGAUAACAAAUAUUCAACACCUUAUACAUAUGCUGAUAUGCAAGUGCAGUGUGGACAAUUAAAGGAAAUAAAAGCAGUAAAAAAAGUCGAAUUAGGAACGGAGACGCUUUUCGUGAUUGUGUUUACGGAAAAAAGUAUAUCGGCCGUUUGCGUUUUCCCAUUUGAGAAAGUAAAAAGAAUGUUUGCUGAAAACAUUAAAGACUGUUACAGGGGAAUUCGUGUAUCAGAAAAUGAGGACUAUAUCGACUUCCAACAGUCAAGUAUCCCAUGCAGCACAUCAACUGCAGAUAAUGAUACAUUCAACAAGCCAGAUGAUUACUUUUUGUGUAACAAGGACAACCUGGCAUUAUAUCAUCAUGUAAUUGGCACCAAGAUUCUGUCCUCGCAGCCGGUCCUCCAGUAUGACGUACAACUAACGGCAGUGACAGUGUCAGUUGUAGACUCCAAAGUAGUUGCCUUUUUCGGCACAGCAGCAAGAGAAAUUUUGAAGGCUGUUGUAUAUCCUUCUGCAUCAGCAGUUCCAAUCAAGCAACCAGCAGUUCGAAAAGUUGGGAGUAUGAUACUACAUGACAUGUACACUUCGAAAUAUCAGAAUUAUAUAUUUGUACUCACUACGAAACAGGUAUUAAAGAUACCCGUGCAGUCGUGCAUAUACUUUUCGUCUUGUGAAGACUGUGUCACUGAUCCACACUGUGAAUGGUGUUUUGCUUAUGAAUAUCACAGGUGUGUGUGGAGAAACAGUUGCCCUACUAAAACAUUGAUAUCAAGCAAUGAACAGUGUCCUCACAUGAAGAAAAUAAUUCCAUCAGCAAUAUCGGACAAGAAAAUUAGUCAGAUAACAGUAGAACUUCAUCCUGCAUGGUUGUUCCAGUUUCGUUAUCGCUGCAUAUUCGUUUAUGGGAAUAGUGUUAAUCUUGAAUACAGUUCGUGUAUACCAGAUAAUACUACAAUACAGUCAAUGCAAAGUAGAAUAAAAGGAAUCCUAAUGGUUAAAGUCAUUGUUCAAUUCCGGAUGGAUGGUUUUCCAGAAUUCCGUGGAUAUUUUAACAUCUACCAAUGCAACUCCAUUGACAGGUGCAGUGAAUGUACAAAUACAGCUUGGAAGUGUAAAUGGUGUCAAUACACUAACCAGUCAAUGUGUAUUGAUAGUGACGAAAGCUGCAACCCGAGUGGUAUUGCUGUAAAGGCAGAUGAUUGUCCACGUAUCACAAACUAUAAAAUCGUCUCGGAUGGUGGCAUUGUGCGAGACGCAAGUGGGAUGGUCUACCUUUCUCGACUCAGAAACUAUGAAAUAAAUAUCAAAGUCACGAAUGUACCAAAAUCAGGGUCUGAGUCCUACAUAUGCCAGAUUGAAUCAGAUACGCAAACGUUAUGGCUUAACAGUUCACAGUUCAACGAAAAUGGCAGCGUCACUUGUAGAAUUACUAAGGAGGAAAUGACAACCCUACCAUAUUCUGUAAGUAAGCGCGAGGCAGCCUUACAGUUGGUGUCGGGUGUUUCUCCAAUAGAUGGUAACAAAAUGCCAGUGAUAAUUUAUGCCUGCGAAAAUCUUGUCCAGCCCUCCGGAAACUGUGGACAGUGCAAAAGUUUUGAAAGGUACCAACCACAUUUACACUGCAAUUGGAAUGGGACUCAUUGCAGUGACAAAGUAAUUACAAAUGAUACAACAGAAUGCGGAUAUCCAGAAAUCAAUAAGGUAUACCCACUAUCUGCAUAUGCAAAAGCCACUACUUUGGUAGAAAUAGGCGGUUUUAAUCUUGGCUCAUCCUACAACGAUACAGUGAAUGCUGUUUCAAUAGCUGGUAAACCAUGUGCUUCAAUACCAAGUCGCUACGAACCAGGAGUAAAAAUAUGGUGUGAACUGGCCCCAGAAUCCAAUGUCACAGAGAAAAGUGGAGUGGUGGCUGUUACUUUGGCAAACAAUUCAACAGGACAGUAUUCGGAACUGUUUUAUCAUUUGGUCCCAGUGGUAACUUCUAUAGAACCAGCGUUUGGCCCAAUGUCUGGUGGUACACCUGUUUCAAUAAAUGGAAGACACUUAAAUAUUGGAAGAAAAACCACAGUUAGAAUAGGUCCCAAGGAAUGCGUUCUGACCACGAGAAAUUUACCAAAUCAACUUAUAUGCAAGACUAAAGAUAUGAUUCUGUAUGAAACUACGCCAUUUAAAGUAGUGGUAGAGAUAGACGGCGCAAAAGUUCUAGGAAAUAUGAGUUCGAAGUACAGUUAUUACGAAGACCCAUUCAUCAGAAAGAUACACCCUUUGACAAGUUUCAGGAGUGGAGGAAGAACAUUGACGGUGGAGGGGAUAAAUUUGAAUGUAGUAGGAAAACCGAAGAUUUAUGCAGUCGUUGGUAUUUGGAAAAAAAUAGCUUAUUCAGAGAUAAAAUCUGAGAUGCAGACUUGCACGAAAGUUGGCAAACCUGACAAUACUGUUUUAAACUGCCCUUCCCCUUUAUUCCCGAAUGAGGAUGCCAUUACAGAAGAAGAUGGUUCGUCCGCAAGGUUGGGAUUUGAGAUGGACGAUGUGUUAUCUGUUACCGCAUACAACCUUCCCAGUAACAUAGCAACUAUUCAGUACUUUCCUGAUCCUGUAUUAACAAACUUCACUGAGGUCUUGGUCUACAACGAAGGGCGCAUAGCUAUUAAGGGUAAGCUUAAUCGUCACAUGCUGGCAGAGAGAGACUAUGUGAAAGUAUACAUUGGAUGUGAGUUGUGUAGUGACAUCUUAACAUCUUUAAAAGGAAUUGGAUGUGAACCUCCAGUUAACAAGCCUGUUUGUUGGAAAGGGGGAAAGCAGCCAUUACCUAUAGAUGUAGAGAUUGGUUACUUCCGACAAAGAGUAGGAUUUCUUGCUUACAAAGAAGACACUACUACUCCAUCAAUAACAACAGCUGCAGACACUUCUACUCAACCAAUAUCAAAAGAUGCAGAGAUUACAGCAGCUAUUUUCACGACAUCAGAUGAUCCAAAUAACAUGAUUACGGUAGUGAUUGUACUAGCGGUGCUUAUAGCUGCUAUAAUAGCAAUAGGAAUAAUUAGUCUAGUUUUUUAUCGGAGGCACAGAAAUAGGCGUGAUGGCGAACUUAACACACAUGUGCUGUAUAGGAGAAAUGAAACCACAAAAUCAAACGUCAACAGAAAUACGUCUGCAGUUUCACACAUCUCUAGAAGAGCAACUACUGUAAUAUACGAUGUUAUUGCUGACGCCGAUGAUGUCAAUGAAUAUCAUGAGCUAUCAGGAGAAGAUCUCACAUACACGCAAGCGGAUGAGUAUAUCGAUCCACAUCCAUAUCAUAAAAUUGAUAGUACAGUAGGUAAGUCGGCAAUAAAAAACGAUACACCCGCCGAUGAUGUCAAUGGAUAUCUUGAGCUAUCUGGAGAAGAUCUAACAUACACGCAAGCGGAUGAGUAUAUCGAUCCAUAUCCAUAUCAUAACAUUGACGGUACAGUAGAUCAGUCGGCAAUAAAAAACGAUACACCUGUGAGUGACGAACCAGAAAAUAUGGAUUUGCAACAAUUAGAGAAAAGCAGCAGAUCAGAUGUCCCUGGAUUCCAGGAGAAAGUCGAUAAGCUUCAGAAUGACGCUAACGACGGAAAAGUAAACCCGGCAGAGAAUCAAGAGAGUUCCAAAGACGCGACUGGAGAAUCUAAAUCUACUGAAAAGGAUGAUUGGAAAAUUGAUGACUAUACACCUAACGUCGAUGGAGGAUAUAUACACCCAGUAUGGAGCCAGGAAUUGCGGGAAAGUAAACGCAAAAUUAUGCUUGAGACACCGAGAUCGAGUUACGUACUAGGAAAAUCGGUGGAAACAUCCAAGGAAGGGUUAGCCUCGGGACAAGGGCAUACUGUGGACAAUGAUGACGGAUUUAUUAAUGCAAGUGGAGGCCAGGAAAAGGAUCUCGAACUAGUAAAACAGGGAGAGAAAUCUGAAUCAGCAGAUCUAAAGUACAAGGAAAACGAAAAGGAAACAACACUGGAGGAAAUAACACCAGAACAAGGGAAUGCUGAUUUACCGUAGACCAAAUGACAUAGACUUAAGACUGGAAGAAAGUAAAUGUAUGGAGAACAUCUUAAUAAACAAAAGUUUUUGUAAUAGCUUCACACGCCAGUAUUAUGCUGGAUAUUUCUUUUAUUUCUUUUAGUUUUUUUUUUCUUGUUAUGUAUUUAAAGCUUGUGCUAAGAUUUUAUAGAAUAUGUCAUUGAUAGUUUAAUAUCUUUGUUAUUGCUCAAACUUUAUAUUAUAUCAAAGAAACAAAUUUCUAACAAGUGAAAUACAUAGACUCUAAUUACUUUUUGUAAUGAACUAAGAUCACUCGGUUUUGGAAACGUGAUUAUCUUUCUUUCUGUUUUUGAAAUUUUGAUUUUCCAAAGCGAAACAUCAUUGCCACAAAUCUAGAUUUCAAAUUUAUGUUAAAAUCUAAAACCUAUUUGGUGAACGGGUUCAGAUUGAAUAAACGUUUUGAAACAGAUGUAAAAAGAAUUAGAAGUAAAUUAAGGUUUGCCUCUCGUACAUGCCUAUUGCUGGCUAAAUAGACACAAAUAUAAUGCUUAUUGCUACAUAUGUGGUGGAACAUAAUAUUCAAAUUUCACUGAAGUAAGAAGAAACGAAUAUUCAUGUAGACUACCUAAUUCUCCCAAGACAGAAGUCAUAAUAGAUUAUUUCAAAUGAUAUAUGGAAGCUACAUAAUGAGCAGAUUGGAAUACAGUUGACCACCUGUAUUUUAUUUUUUACUGAAAAGACUCAAAGCAUAGCCGAAAACCAAUUAAUGAUUUUUAGUCACAUAGACAAAUUGCUAUAUCGAUUAAAAGUUGUUUCAUCCAAAUGAUCAGUUUUGAUGUGCAAUAAUCAUAUGAAAUGGCCAGUAAUUCUAAUGUUAUUUAAUUCUAACACAGUAUCGGGCUUUUCAAUAAAUAAUCAGCACAUUUUCUUGUGAAAAACGGCUGAAAGUAAUAUUUGCUACUAUAUGAAGUGUAAUUAUGGUAUUUUUGUGGUCCAUUAUUUGUGAAUAUUUCCAGUAUGAUUAUAAUAAUUGGUUUGUCUUUGUCAUUCAUUUUGUAGAUAUUCUCAGUAUAAUUACAAUUUUUGUGAUGAUAUAAAAUACAUUGUAAAUAUAAACUGAUAAAUUGAAAAAGCAAAAAAAAAAAAAAAAAAAAUAAAAAAAAAUAAAAAAAAUAAUAAAUUUAAAAAGAUUAAAAAAGAAUUAUAAAAAAUAGAAAAUAAGAAAAGAAUAAUUUGAAUUAAUUUUCUGUGUGUCUGUAUUUUGAUCGAAAACUUGAUUUUAUUCGGCGAUGUUUACUUACAAGCACUUUUUAUUAUUGUCCCCAACUUGUAAUACAAAUCCAUCAUUUUGCUUUUCGCCUUUUCAUUUAAAAUACACAUUCCAGUUUCAUUUUGGAAAAAUUGUUGUUGUGCUCUUAUAUAUUCAUAUAUUUUUAUCAUUUUAUUUUAUUGAUAAUGUUUCGCCCAUGCAUAUAAACGGGCUUCGCUGAUGAAUGUUCUGGUUGAUAUUAUUCUUAAAUACUUGAUAAUGUAAAUAUGGGUUUUAUAUUUGUGUCAUGCAUGCUUUCUAAUUCAAGUAUAAAUUGUGAAAGCUCAAAAGUUGUUUUUCUUAUUUAAAUAAUUUCAAAUUAAUUUACUUUUAAUUUGCUAAAUUAAGCAUAAAAUCUUGAAACCUCUUUAGACGGAAGUGACUUAUAAGUAUCUGCAUGUACUAUUAUACUACCGUUUAUAUAUAAGCGUUAUUAUUUUUGUUGUGCUCUGUAUCAGUUUGGAUAUUACCGCAAACAUUUCUCGCUAUCUAACUUUUCCUUUUAUCUUUUGUAAUAUUCAGAAAAUACUGUCAUUUUUGAAGUCUUACAAUGUAUUCAGACCUAUAUUUCUUUCAAAACAACCGUCUAAAACGGUUAGAAAUUGACACACUUAAUUACAUAUUUUCAGAUGUAGACGUUGUAUUACAGCUGUAAAACCCAUGCAAAAUAGUCAAAACAUAGUUAAUUAGAUACAGCUGUAAAACUGGUUACUGCGCAACAAGAAUGAAACUCUACAACUAUGAAAUAAUACAUAAGUAUUAAAAUGGUAUUGUGUUAAAUGAAAGCACAGUUAUAAAGAAGUAAGAAUAAUAUUUCACUUUAUGAAGCAACACUGACUACAGAAUGAGCAUUUCGAAAUGCGACUGGCUCAGUGUAAAAUAUUUUUGUUCGACUAAUGUCUGUCCUGGAAAAGGAUCAGAGCAUAUUCGAAUGCAAAUUUUGGAUAAACAACAAGUUCAGUCACAUAGACAUAUUGCUAUAUGAAUUAAAUGUUGUGUUCUGGCAUUUGAAUUUCCUGCAAUUGAUCAUUUUUGACGUGCAAUUAUCAUAGGAAAUGGUCAGGAAUUUUAAUAUUAUGUAAUUUUAACACAUAAACAGACUUUCCAAUAAAUAAGUAGCGAAUAUUCUUCAGCGAAAAACGGUUGAAAACCAUAUCCGCUACUAUUUUAGAUGUAACUAUGUCUUUUAGUGUAGCUUUUGCAUUAACUGGGAAUAUUUACAGUGUAAUUAUGAUAAUUGGGUCUUUAUCACUUAUGAGGGGUAUUUUCAGUACAGUUAGGAUUUUUGAAUGUGUGAAAUAACUAUAUAUUGAAAAAGAAAACAUUUAGUGUAAAUAUUAUACUUUUAUCCUUGUAACAAAAUAUCUUGUACAUAUUCUUAUCUUUUCUUUUUUAGACAUGAAAGCUUAAGUUAUAAUAUGAAUUCAUUUUGAAUUCAUUGAUGUGUUUCAUUGGUUUUCUGUGUAUGUGUAUUUUGAUCGAAAACUUGAUUUUAUUUAAAUAUGUGAAAGGGUACACAUGCAUGAGAUAUAUCAUUUAUUUUCAUUAUUUCCCUUUUAUAACUUUCAGUAUCUUGUUAUUUCUCCCAUGUCUGCCUAGUGAUGAGCAAUUCCGACCAAUCUUUGUCAGUUCUUAUAUGUAGCAGUUGUUUACCAACAUAUUUAUGUUUACACAUUAAACAUUUUCUGACCAACGUUUAUAAAACUUAGUCAAAGCACUUAGUGCUAAAACAAUUCGGAAUUAUAAUCAGCGAAUAUUCUUUAGCGAGAAACGGUUGAAAAACAUAUCCGCUAUUAUAUUCCCAGUAUAAUUAGGACGAUUGGGUCCUUAUCACUUACUGCAUGUGGGGGUGGGGGGGGGGGGGGUAUUUUCAGUAUAUUUAUGAUUUUUGCAUAUAUUUUUGCAUUUAGUGUAAAUAAUUUUUAUCCUUCUAACAACAUAUCCAGACAGAUAGCUUGUACAUUUCCAUAGCAUUUCAUUUUGUAAGAUUAGACAUAAUAUUAUUAGAUUAUAAUUUGAAUUAAUUUUUGAAUUAAUUGAUGUGUUUCCUUAGUUUUCUGUGUAUUUUGAUCGAAACUUGAUUUUAUGUAAAUAUUUGAAAAGGAAUACAUGCAAUAACAAAUAUCAAUUAUUUUUAUUAUUUCCCCUUUGUAACUUUCAAUAUCUUGUAAUUUCGCCCAUGAAAGCGCUUAGUGCAAAAAAAAUUCGGAAUGAUCAUCAACAAAUAUUCUUCGAAAUAUUCCCAGUAUAAUUAUGAUUAUUGGAUCUUCAUUACUUAUUUGAGGUGAGGGUGGGUGUGUAUUUUCAGUAGAGUUAUUAUUUUUGCAUGUAUGAAAUAAACAUAAAUUGAAAAAAAAUCAAUUAGGCAAGUGUAAAUAUUUUUUAUCCUUGUAACAUUUGUAUGUAGAUAGAUAGCUUGAACAUGUUCAUAUAAUUUAAUUUUGAAAAAUUGGGCACUUAAAACCAUAAUUUGAAUUAAUUUUGAAAAUAUUGAUGUAUUUCUUAAUUUUCAGUGUGUAUGUAUUUUGAUCGAAAACUUGAUUUCAUGUAAAUAUUUGAAAAUGUACACAUGCAAUAACAUAAUUAUAUCAGUCAUUUUCAUUAUUUCUCCUUUGUAAUUUUCAUUUUCUUGUAAUUUCGCCCAUGAUGAGCGAUUCCGAAUAACCUUUAUCAGUCCUUAGCAGUUGUUUGUCAGCGUGUUUUAUGCUUACAUAAUAAACAUUUUCUGACCAAUCAUCAUGAAACUUAGUCAAAGCGCUUACUGCAAAAAAAUGGAAUGAUAAUCAGCAAAUAUUCUUUAGCAAGAAACGGUUUGCCAAAAAUAAAAGUCGGAAUGACGGAAAAAGUCAUAAUAAUUGAACUCUCAUAACUUAAUAGUGCAUUAUCAUAGAAGCUAUACCGAUUUUCUAUUGAUUAAGGCGUAUUCGAUAAACGGCUGAAUACUCCGAAAACGUUAUUUGUUAUAACUCACUUAUUGUAAAUACAUUGAAGACAACACGAUCUUGCAAUACUCUGGCACUGAAUGAAACAGAAUUAUUAAUUACACAUUGUUACUAAUUAAAAGCAUCAUUUCCCUAGCAAAUAUUAAGCCAUUUACCUUAAAAGUAAUGAACCCAAGAAUUGGCUCUUAAAUUAGUCAGUUUCAUCUAGUGUUCAAUGUACAACAAAUGCAUAUUAGAUCUUCAUAUAAUAUAAACAAAGCUUUCAGUCUCAUAUAAUUUUGAUCACGAGAAAAAAAUGUUGCACUUAAAUUACAAAAAAGAGAUGUUUUACUUAUUUUGAAAUUUACAAUGUACUUGACUUCUUUCGAGUAAUCGUAAAACAAUCUCGUCGGUCAGUUAAUGCAAAUGUCUUUUAACUAUUUUUUCUUUGUCAUUAUUAAUGAAAUUGUAGUGAUUAAUUCCUUUAUAAUUAAACUUACGUUUAUUACUGCAGCGUAUGCAGUGUAUGCAACCACUAUACUGGACCUACCGUAUUCCAAGUUUAUCAGAUAAAGUUAUACGAUCAAAGUUUAAAACCCUUAAUGCUUAACUUAUAUUCCUGUUUUGAAAGUUAAAGCGAUUAAACUUGAACAAUUUCCACAUUUCUUUAAUGGUAAUGUUCAUAUAUCUGAUAACUGUCGUUGCAAUUUUGUGCACAUACAUUGAAACCUUACGUGAUAAGUCUGAAUUGUCUAGUGCAAUCAUUACUUUAUUCUUAGAUGUAACCAUCUGCAGACCUAAGAGUAAAUUCUUCAUUGUCCAAUGUUUACUUACAAUCUUUUUUAUAAUUGUCCAUAGUUUGCAUUUCGCUGUUUACUUUAUACAUAUUCCUCUUUCAUUUUGGAAUGGUUUAUUUGUUUUGUUUUUCAUAUUUAUAUACAUGUAUUUUCAUUAUCAUAACUAUAUUAAUAUAGUUGAGCUUAUGCAUAUAAACAUGCUACCGCUUGCGAAUGUUCUGAUUGUUCUUUUCUUAAAUACUCGAGAAUAUACAUGAGGUUUAUUUUUAGCCAUCCAUGAUACAAAUUUUGAGUGCCCAAAAACGCUCUUUCUUAGGGAAGUUCUGCACGUUCUGAUUGAAUUUUUUCUACAAUGUAGAAUUUGAUUAAACUGUGAAUUUUCAAAACUUCGAAAUAUACUAAGAAAAUUCAGCAAAUAAAAAAGAUAGGGUCGUGUGCUUGACUUUUUGCUAGACUGAUUUGAAAAAGUUCCUUGUGCCUUUUAGAUAUUUGGCCAUUAUUAAAGUAAACCGUUAAUGUUAAGACAUCAUUUUGAAUUAGAAUUACUUAACGUGUCAGAUGUGCUAAUUUUAUAUUUGAACUUUAGGAAGAUAGUAACAGUGCCAUUCUAACAAGUUUACUCACAGGUUACCUUAAAUUCCUAAACUGAUUUUCAUUCCCGUACGCCGAAUCCGGCCUUUAUUCUACGUUUUCCGGAUAAAUGACGUUACGCCAUCACUUCCGAUUUAUCAAACGUGCAGAACUAUCUUCAGUCAUUUUAAAUUGUAUUAUCUAAAUAAAAUAUAUUAUCUUGAAACCUCUUUGGAUGGAAGUAACUAGUAACUACAUGUGUAUCUGAAUCCACUAUUAUUAAAUAGAUAUAAGUUUCAUUUUUUGUACUCUAUAAAUUUAGAUAUUCGUACAAACUUUUUUCUUGAUUUGUAAAAUGCAGAAAUUACUAUCCUUUAUGAAGUUAAAAUGUUAUUUCCUUUGAAGUAUACAAAUGACAUUGUGUUAAAAGAAAACAGAGUUAAGCUAAAAGAAGGAACUUUAUGAAACAACGAUAGCUACCAAUGCACAAGUAAACAAAGAUCUAUUCAGAUGUUGAUAGUUUCUUAAGCUGCAUUUAAGUGUAAAAUUUAUACGCAUUUAACUUGCGUCUAUAAAUCUAUAUUACUGUAUUUUUGAGACAAUGAAGUCUUAUUCCUGUAACUGCCAUCACUUUUCACGUAGUAUACAGGUCAUUCAUGGAACUAUAAACAUACGUAUUUUAAUGUUCAGAUAGAAUAGAUGAAUUAUAUUUAAUUGUAUACCAUUCGACAUAUAUGUGGCUUAUCAUGUAUACACCGUAAAACAUAUAAUUAUAAUUCAAAUUUAUAUUAUUCGAAAUAUGAAAUAAUUAAUGACAGGUACAUUUACAAUAUAUGUUCAACAUAACUGGAAGCCGAAUCACAUUUAGAUUUCAAGGAUUUUGAAACCAGGGAUAAACAUUACGAAAUGUCUUGCGCCAUGAUUUUUGGGUCCAAAUGCGGCGUUACGUCAUUCGAGAAAAUAGAGAUUAAAGUUACUUCAGUUCAACACGUUUUUGCGUUAGUAAAUGUAUUUUUUUCAUUGAUACUCUCGACUGGCAUGUUAAAUGAACGAAGAGUUGAACAGUACUUAUCUAGCACGUAUUUUACAAUUUGUAAAUGUAGAAGGUGGGGAAAAUGAAACUACCAAAAAAUAGUUUUACGAUUUUUUAAUAUUUAUACCAUAUGUAGGUUUUAAAAAAAAUACUUUUAUUCAUAUCAACUGUUUUGUCCGUUAUUGUUUUUCAAAAUUAUACCGGAAUUAGAAAAAUAGUUAAAAUGACACUAAUGCCAGUUAUACUGUAAUAUAAUCUAAGUCUGUUAGGAAGCAAACUUUUUCAAACGGUUAUGCCUCAUUAUUAGUAGUUCAAUUCAGAUCUGUAUGAAAGAGAGUUUGUAAUAGUGUUUAGGUCAUAUUUAUUUAGUGACUGACAGGAACACAGACUGACUGUUGUAUCACCUUUUUGUCAGUUAAAAUCUCCUUUUCUUAUUCAUGUCAAACACACAUUAUAAACUACAAAACAUAUUAGGAUGUUUGUUUGUACUUUGUAUGAAAAUGAUUCUCAAAAGAUUUUUUAUAUAAAAAUUUUAUUCAGUUCAUUUGACCAUGAUUGGUGGAUUUCACCCUUGAUUACUGUUCUUUGUAAGUAACCGACGACUUCCAAACAUGAAAUGAAUAUCCUUUAAACCAUUUUAUUAAGAGGACUUUUACAUUUAAAUAUGAAAGUAGACAGUUUUUAUGUAAAUACAUAUUUGGAAAAACACUUUAAAACAUUCAAAUUGUAAAUCGAUAGAAACAUUAGUUUUUGUAGGAAAAAUAGAUCAUUGUUGCCAUGUUUACGAGUCAACGAUCAGUAUAACAUCUGAAAUUUUAGCAAAAUCAUAGUUUAUGAUACUUCUAACAAAUACAUCUUCUUGCCUGAUUAUUUUUCGAACAGAUACAAAGAAGUGUGCCAAUGAAUUAGGUUUUCUUAACAACUAGCUUAAUAUUCUAAUUUUGUCAUACUAUCUAACUUAAUAUCCAAUGAAAAGAUUGUCAUAAGACUUGUGUGUGAUCUCUGUCUGUACACUAGAAAAGGUUAAAAUUUGGCGUUACACAUGUGUUGCUUUGAAAACGGUUUUUAGUAAGCAAUAUUGGUGUUAAAAUUAAAGAAAAGGAAAGAGAAAAAGAAAUAUCACUAACCGCAUGUUGUGUUUAUUAUAGCAAUUCGUAUUUUGACUUAAUACUGUUUUAAGAAGGAGACUUCAUUAAGAUACUCUGCCUAUAUUUUGAUACAGUUAAACGAAAACAUGGUGUCCAAAAAGUGAUGAUUUGUAAAUUCGGCAAAUUUGUACACGGAACAUGUCAGUCUGUCAAAGUACCUAAAAAAUCCCAUUUUCGACAAAAUCGUAUUUGGACCUAAAAUCUCAUGCCCCGUCACAAAUUUCAGUUGAGUAAAUUUUAGAUAAACAUUUCUUAUACAUGUUUUUACGGGAGUUAAUCACACAUAUAUCCGAUUGCUAUGUCAAAUAUAUAAAUAUAUGCUCUUCUUGUAAGCUACCUAUCAUCACAAAUGUAUUCCGUUAUUAUGUCAAAUAUCAAGAUGCAUGCUUAUUUUGUUAAUUAACUGUCAUCACUCAUGUGUUACAAUGUCAUGUCGUAAUCUGCUUGACAAAGCUUUUUUAAAUUCAUGAUACAAAAUUUCCACGGAGUGCAUAUCGUCACAUGAUUUAUGAAACGUUUGAGAUAGGAAAGGAAUUGAUAAGUUCAACAGCAACACUAUUAUCGACCAUGAUUCUGUGAAAAUUCGAAUAUCAUAACUUGCUGUCACACUGAAUAGCAUAUUUCUCGGGCCCCAGCUAUGUGAUUGUUAGGACACGAAAGUGUUAUUCCUACAAUUAAUGACACUUUGACAAUUGAACACGUGCACUGAAGUUAUGAACUUGGAAACAUAUCUGUUAAUAUUUGUUUCACCUUUAAAGGAUCAGAUAAAAAUGUAAUUUUUGUGCAAGAAGAAAACAUUACGUUCCUAUAUAUACCUGUAGAUACUAUUGUCUCAUUCGUUUGUCAGCUACAAAUGCUUUAUGUUGAUAUAUAUGAAUUCUGUAAUGCAACACUAGUCAAGGGAAAUAAACCCAAUCCCAAAAUACAAACAUUGCAGAAAUGCAUACUGCCCUAGUGUUGAGGCUUCCUGUUUCGCAUAUCAAGAAAGGCAUUUACUACAUUAAUAAGAAAGAUUAUAAACCCGAUAUAUAGAUUUCAGUACAAUAAUGUUUAUAACAAGGAUGGUGUUGUAAUUUCUCACCUCUUAUCGUAUUCAGUCCAUAAUAUUAUACUGUUACUGUUAAUUAUGAACAAUUUUCGGUGGAUUUUACGGAAGGACAAGUCAAAACAAGUAGAUUAGGCAACAUCAAUAAACAUCACAUAUCUCGGGACAUCCGUAUCCAGUGGACACAUUUCUAAUUUAAUUUUACCUUGCUUAUCAUGAAUCAGCAACAUGCGACGUUAGGACAAUUAGCCCAACAAAUUUCACCCUAACUUGAAGUUGUUUGUUAUAGAUGGUAUGCCGUGAUAUGUGUACUAUAGUAUGCUCUUGUGACAUUUAUAACCGUCUCAGGUCAUUUACAUUUAAACUUAGGUCAGGCUAAAUCGUUGAAAAUAUUGGAUGCACGCUAAACAAACUAUGUAAGUCAACACUAAGAAUUAUUAUACCUACAAGACUGUAUUUAUUCUUGUUCUUUAUAGAUUUCGGUCCGGAAUUUUAUAUAUAUUUACCUUUUAAGUAAAAGUGGAUUUUGUUCAAAAUUAGGUGAUAGUUACAGAUCUUUCAUUCUCGGUUAUGUAAAAAUUAGCACGAUAAACGGGUCUCUGAUAAUUUCUUUUGUAAAAAAGCUUUGUCGACAGGUGCAAAUAUAUACUUGUUUCUUCCAUUAGUUUUAACAGAAUGAUUAUGAGUUACUGUUUGUGUGUUUUACUUAAUUCCUCACAUCUCUUUUCAUAAUCGAAUAGUAUAUGUUGAAUAUAUAUUAAGAUGGUGUCAAUUUUUCAGCCAUGAAUGAACACUGAUAUCGGUCGAAUUGGCUAAAUCAGUAAGGAGUUGCCAGUAUAAUUAUACAAUCAUAUCAUAGGAAGUUAAUUUUGGCAUAGAAAAUCCUUUAUUGUCCGAAAUGAAUCAAAAUUUUGCCAACUUUACCAUCUAAUGUCUUCGACAAUUAGAGUAGUAUUGAGAAAAUAUAACUAAAUUAAUUGAUAAAGUUACAUACACACAUAACUUGUUAAAGGUCUCGAUUUUAUAAUUCAAAAAUGUUAAAGAAUUGAACAUUCUACACGAAUAACAUGUUUUAAUAGCAUUUUUAAGGACAAUUGUUUAUACCUAUUAUAAUACUUUUAUAAAUGUAUUUCUGAGCUAAUAUUAUUUGACAGUUUAAAGCCUCUGGCCUCCAGGUUGAACGACAUCAAAAAGAAGAGAAAACUUUUAAGCUAUCUAGAAAUUAAUGCUAUAUUACUUAUGAAUGCUUUGAAACUUAAUUUCUUACAGACUAAAUGCUAUUGAAACACAUGGGAAUUUAUUUUUUUUUAACUAAUCUUUACGUUGAAAAUUGAAAAGCAUUUGUUACGUGUUACUCGGAGUAAACUGCCUUAAUCAUAAAUAGCUAUGUUUAACGAUCGUAUAAGACAAAUUCCUCCGUGGUAUAUUGGUCAGGACCGCGGGAAAGAUUUUAAUACCGCGUCGGCCCGGGUUGUAUUCCUUACUCGGGCCUUUUUUUAGCUCACCAGAGCACAAAGUGCUCAAGGAGAGCUAUUGUGACCAGUCAAUGUCCGGCAUUUGCCAUGUGAACAUUCGAAGGGCCACAGAUGGGACCCAGUUGUUAUAAAACUUUGUCCGAAUGUUUGUCUUGAUACUUUCUAGGUCAAGUUUGAAUCUGGGUCAUGUGGGGUCAAACACUAGGUCACCCAGUCAAAUCAAAGGAAAAAUUUGUGAACACCUUAGAUGCCACAAUUUUGACUAAAUCAAUAUGAAACUUGGUCAGAAUGUUUGUCUUUAUGAUUUCUGGGUUAAGUUUGAAUCUGGAACAUAUGGAUCAAAAACUAGGUCGCUAGAUCAAAGGGAAAUCUUGUCAACACUUUAGAGACCAAAAUUUAUGUUUGAAACACAUGAGAAUUAAUCAGAAUAUUUGUCUUGAUAAUCUAUAUACUAUGUUCGAAUCUGGGUUAUAUGGUGUCAAAAACUAGGUCACCCGGUCAAGUCAAAAGAAAGGCUUGUGAACACUCUAGAGGCGACAGUUGUGACUCAGUCUUCUUGAAAUUUGGUCAGCAUAUUUGUCUUGGUGAUCUCUAGAUAAAGUUUUAAUUUGGGUCAUGUGAGGUCAAGAACUAAGUCAGUAUGCAAGGAAAAGCUUGUGAACACUCUACAGGCCACAGUUGUGAUCCAGUAUUUAUGAAAGUUGGCCAGAAUGUUUAUCUUGACGAUUUCUAAGUCAGGUUUAAAACUGGGUCAUGGUGGGGUCAAAAACUAGGUCAUAGGCCAGAUCAAAGGUAAAGCUUGUGAACACUCUAAAGGCCACAGUUGAGACUCAAUCUUUUUUUUAAACUUGGUCAGAAUAUUUGUCUUGCUAAUCUCUAGGUAAAGUUUGAAUCUGGGUCAUUUGGGGUCAAAAACUAGGUCACAGGUUCAAAUCAAAGGAAAAACAUGUAAACACUCUAAAGGCAACAGUUGUGACUCAAUCUAUAUGAAUCUUUGUCAGAAUGUUUGUCUUGAUGAUCUUUAGGUUAAAUUCGAAACUGGGUCAAAUGGAGCCAAGACUAGGUCAGUAGGCCAGAUCAACUCUAGUGAGCGAUAUAGGGUCAUCAUGGUCCUCUGGUUUCUUGUUUUACUUUUUCCAGAUAGUUUAACAACAGAUCUCAUAUUCUAAUGUUCAUAAUAUGAUCAAACUUACAUUUUAAAGAAAAUCUGGAGGUCGGUGCCUUUAAGCAAUAAGUAAAACUGACUUUUAUUUGAGAUUUUUACACUAUACCAGGGUUAUCCACAGGCCCUUUCUACCGGGCGCUCCUUCCGGUUAAAAUAUCUUAUUGCUCGGCUAUAACAAUUUCGGUAAACAUAUUGACAUAUACACAUCAUAUCACUAGUAAACUUAAACAGUCGAUAAUUUCCUGUUUUGAUCAUGCCCUGGGGCAAAAUAUAAAAUGUGUUAAAAUCGUGGAACGUGUUAACGGACACUGUGACAACAGUCGGCUCAAUUUACCGCCAACUGUCAGUUGUACUUGAAUGGUCGUGCACGACAAUUUUUUGCAAACCACAUUUUACCGCCAACUGUCAAAUUGUACUUAAAUGUUCUUGCACGACAAUUUUUUUUAAACCACAUUUUAUGUUGAGGGAAAACACAACGCGUUCAAAUCCUUGUAUAUAGCAAACAAAGUUUUAUAUUGAUUAUAUCAAUUUUGACAUCUUUCAAAACGAAAUCUAUCAGCAGAUAUUGACAAAUCUUUUGAAAUCAAACCAAUGCAGAGCCUGUUGAACCAUUUGUAUCGUCUGUUCCGUAAUUAGCAAGUAGUAGCUAGGCCAUUUCAAUUGAAAUACUUGCAAAACGUACAAAAAUACAACCGCUAUUUGCGAAAAUCGGUAAAAUUUGUAACCGAAACUUUAGGGUAUUUCGGACGACACAUAUUCAGAUAAAAUCAAUACACAGUGUCAGAAAAGGUAAAACGCUGUAAUUAUUAGACAAAUUACUUUCACUUCAAAUAUUCUUUCAUGAAAUAAGCUUCAGAUUCAAUUAAAACACGAAACACAGAAUUAUUAAUUGGUGUGUUUGACACUGUCAAAUAGAUUGACAUUGUUUCCAUUGUUGGGAUUAAAAUCUAAUUAAUGCAAGAAAAUUCUCAAAACAUCUUUUCUGUUAUUUCAAACGUCAGAGAAAAUCAACUAGAAAAUAUAAGAUAAAGAUUCUUGCAUUUAUUAUCUAAGCUACCGUAGAUAAAUUUAAAUCUUUUACAUUUUCACAAGGUGUUUCAUAUCAUUCUAAUAUUUUAACAUCUCAAUUUACAUUAAUGAAUAAUAUGCUUAUUACGAUAUACAGCUAAGAAGUACCCGACCAUAAUUCCGCAGAGCCUGGCUUUAACAAAAUCUUGGUGAUAACCCUGUUGUACAUAAUUAGCAUGAUAUUAAGAUGUAACGUAUCAUUGUUUUUUGAAUCAGUCAUUGUCUGACAGUUUACUAAUACAAAUAUAGGAACUUACAAAUGAAAGUAUUAUUUUACGUUUAGCCACUGAUAUCAAUCUGGAGAUGUGCCCGUUUGAUUUAUCUUUUGAAAAUCAAUGUUGAAUACUUACAUGUGCCAUAACACAUAAUACAGUGUAGCCGUUAUAUUUAUAUAAGUGUAAUAAAAUAUUAUCUUUA